GUAAAAGGGAGGAUUACUCUUGUCUACAAUCUAGAAUGGCAGCCUCCAGUCCGACAAAAUCGUCAAUCAGCACCUUAUCAAUGACAAUGACACCUAACCAACAAAGGGGUGCAACAAGUGUUUCAUCUUCAGCCCUACCACUGCAACCAGCUGGUAGUAAUACCACAACCAGCGAGGACGUUAAGCCUUCUCAAAGCCUUCUGGAUGAUUUGAUGAAAGAAAAAUUCACUAGUGUAUCUGAAGGGUCUUCUAACCCAACUGCUGGUACUUCAGGAGCAAGUACAAAAUCCCUUCAUCAUGGCGCACAAGACAUCUACGCCAUGAAACUGAAGAAACUCAAACAAGUCAUUAAAGACACAAUAUUUUUGAAUGGAGCCAUUUGUGAUGAAGUCAUGCGAACAGAUGAAAAAUUGGCCAGAGCCAAGGAAGAAAGAAGAUUUCUCUUGCGAAAACUGCUUCAGUUCCAGUCAGCCAAUGAUACCAUCUUACCAACUUUAAAGUCUGAGCCCCACACGCCCAAUGCCAGACAAUCUAAAGGGUUGCUGGGAACUUUGCCAGUCGACAGCACAAUGAGUGAAAAUGCUGGAAAACACAAAGCUGUUAAGCGAAAAUUGCCAGGGGGUGGAGCCUCAUUGCCACAGGGUGCAGCCUCCACAUCUCUCAUCUCAUCCAAUAUAAGCAAUUCUGUGUCUACCUUGGGGAUUAGUGGGACCGGUGAGGCCAAGAAGAAAAAUACACAGUCCAAUAAGGAGAGCUCAGAAAAUCUUUCAGUUCGCCCUAAAAAAGGAAAAGGAGCUGUUAAAAAAGUAAUUCCUCCACUGAUGUUGGAUUCUUUGGGGAGACCAAUUUUCCCCAUGGUUCUUGGUGAUAUAACUCUUCAUAGUAUAGGGGAGAUUGUACCAGAUCGUCUUAGUUUUCAUUCUGUUGAGUCUAUCUACCCAGUGGGUUUUUGUAUCACAAGGGUCUAUGCUAGUUUACAUAAGCUGGACUCAAAAUGUUUAUACACCUGCAAGAUAUCAGAUAACAAUGAUGGGCCAUUGUUUGAGAUAGCAGCAGAAGACAGUUCUGAUAUUCUGUUCAAGUCCAGUAACCCAGUGGACUGCCACAGCCAGCUUAUAAAUGCUGUGAACAAGUUAAGGGGCAUCUCCAUAACACAGUCAGAAGGCCAGGGUCUCGCCUUCUUCGGCCUCUCCCACCCCGUCAUACAGAACCUGAUACAGUCCUGUCCUGGAGCCAGGAAAUGUGCCCGUUACAAAUGGGUGAAGUUUGAGAUCAACAAGGCAGAAACCAAUGAGAAUGUGGCUGUGGGAACAAAUGAUCCGUCUGUUAGUUAUGAAGCGUUUAAAGCACACUUACAAUCCCUUGGUCAGACAUGUGUCUCACUUCCUGUCCAGUUGGAGCAAUCCACCAACUUGAGGUCCUUACUGACAAAAGGAAAUUCAAGUCUUACAUGAAACAGCUACCGUCCUUUUCUUUUACUGUUCUUUUUUUUUUUUUGUUUUGUUUUUGUUCAUAAUUUUGUAUUCAUUAACAAUUGUAUUUAUGAUUUGUUAAAAAAAAAGUUGUAUUUUGUAAACAAUUAUUUUCAUUUUAAUACCGCAUUGAUUAUUUUAUACAAGUGAUAAUAAACUAUUGUUUUAUACAA